UCACCUGCAGCCCGCGCCAUGGGGCAGCCCGGGAACCGCAGCGUCUUCUUGCUGGCUCCCAACGGCAGCCACGCGCCGGACCAAGGCGUGGCGCAGGAACGGGACCAGGCGUGGGUGGUGGGCAUGGGCAUCGUCAUGUCGCUGAUCGUGCUGGCCAUCGUGUUCGGGAACGUGCUGGUCAUCACAGCCAUUGCCAAGUUCGAGCGUCUGCAGACGGUCACCAACUACUUCAUCACCUCCCUGGCCUGCGCGGACCUGGUCAUGGGCCUGGCGGUGGUGCCCUUCGGGGCCAGCCACAUCCUCAUGAAAAUGUGGACUUUUGGCAACUUCUGGUGCGAGUUCUGGACUUCCAUCGACGUGCUGUGCGUCACGGCCAGCAUCGAGACCCUGUGCGUGAUCGCGGUGGACCGCUACUUCGCCAUCACGUCGCCCUUCAAGUACCAGAGCCUGCUGACCAAGAACAAGGCCCGGGUGGUCAUUCUGCUGGUGUGGAUCGUGUCAGGCCUCACCUCCUUCCUGCCCAUCCAGAUGCACUGGUACCGGGCCACCCACCAAGAGGCCAUCAAGUGCUACGCCAAAGAGACCUGCUGCGACUUCUUCACGAACCAAGCUUACGCCAUCGCCUCCUCCAUCGUUUCCUUCUACCUGCCCCUGGUGGUCAUGGUCUUCGUCUACUCCAGGGUCUUCCAGGUGGCCAAACGGCAACUCCAAAGGAUCGACAAAUUCGAGGGCCGCUUCCACGCCCAGAACCUCAGCCAGAUGGAGCAGGACGGGAGGAGCGGACAUGGGCACCGCAGGUCCUCCAAGUUCUGCUUGAAGGAGCACAAAGCCCUCAAGACUCUAGGCAUCAUCAUGGGCACGUUCACCCUGUGCUGGCUGCCUUUCUUCAUUGUCAACGUCGUGCACGUGGUCCAGGAUAACCUCAUCCCCAAGGAAAUUUACACCCUUCUGAACUGGGUGGGCUACGUCAACUCUGCUUUCAACCCCCUCAUCUACUGCCGGAGCCCGGAUUUCAGGAUCGCCUUCCAGGAGCUCCUGUGCCUGCGCAGGUCUUCUCUGAAGGCCUAUGGGAAUGGCUACUCCAACAGCAACGACAAGUCUGACUACACGGGGGAGCAGAGUGGAUGUCACCUGGCGCAGGAGAAAGACAGCAAGCUGCUGAGCGAGGAUGCCCCCGGCAGGGAAGACUUGGUGAGCCGGCAAGGUACUGUGCCUAAAGAUAGCGUUGAUUCACGAGGGAGGAAUUGUAGCACACACGACUCGCUGCUCUAACGCGGUCUCUGUACUUUUUAAGGCCCCCUUCCCCGGCAAGACACUAAACAGACUAUUUAACUUGAGUGUAAUAAAUCUAGAAUAAAACUGUAUAGAGAUGCGUGGGAGGAAGACCAUCCUCCUGCCCUUUUUUAUUUUUGUAAGCUGUAAAAAAGAGAAAACGUAUUGGAGUGAUUGUUCGUGUACAGUGCGGUUCCUCUUUGCGUGGAACUUGUCAGUUUUCGUCUGAAGGGCUUCAGUCCCAGAGGACCUGGGGCUGCUGUGUUUUGAUGACUUGUCUGCGUAUCUACCUCAUCGGUCAAGUAUUAGGGGUGAUCUAUUGCUGCUGGUAAUUUGUAUCUGAAGGAGACCUGCCUUCCUGCACCCUUGGAAUAGAGGAUCCGGAGUAUGUCAGACCUUACAGCUGUGAACCUGGUCUCUCCCGGCUCCUCUUAUUUGCUGAAACAGGGUGUUGUAGGCAGUGAUUUCAGGGGUAGCUUCAGUUGUUUUCCUGAGCAAAGUCUAAAGUUUACAGUAAAUAAAUUGUUUGACCAUGACUUCAUUGCA